CGCCCUUCAGUGGUGCACGUCAGCACUGGAUCUAGAUCACUAAUUUUUCUGAUUCGCCAAAAACAAACAGGAGCAGGGGCCUUCGAAGGUGGAUAGAGGCAAGAAAGAAAAGGAGUUCAGAAUGAAUGAGCAUAAAGGCGAUCAAAGUACAGCUCCCUCAUCACACUCGAACAACCAACAGCUCCACUCCUCGGAUUAUGCUCCGUACCCUACACUUGAUCCUAACGACGUCGCUCCACCUCCACAGAAUUGGACGAACGUUUCUGCGGGCCCGGCACCUAUCAAUGGGUCUGCCGCCACCACUAUGCCGCCGGAGUCUAAUCCAUACGUGUCUGCUUCUCCGGUUCCUCAGUCCUCUACCAAGAAUACGAUGGAUUCGGUGAAGAAAUCCUUAGGAAAAUUCGGGAAGAAGGCUGUGGAAGCCACGAAGAAGGCUGAGGAUCUUGCUGGGAAUAUGUGGCAACACUUGAAAACAGGUCCAAGUUUGGCUGACGCUGCCAUAGGAAGAAUUGCACAGGGAACAAAAAUUCUUGCAGAAGGUGGAUACGAGAAGAUUUUUAGACAAAAUUUUGAAACUGUUCCUGAGGAACAACUUCUAAAGACGUAUGCAUGCUACCUAUCAACUUCUGCUGGUCCAGUGAUGGGAGUUUUAUAUUUGUCCAAUGCAAAGCUUGCAUUUUGUAGUGACAAUCCUUUGUCUUAUAAAGUUGGUGAGCAGACACAAUGGAGCUAUUAUAAGGUAGUUCUUCCCAUAGAUCAGUUGAGGGCAGUCAAUCCCUCAACAAGCAAAACUAAACCAGGAGAGAAGUACAUCACGAUUAUCUCUAAUGACAACCACGAGUUUUGGUUCUUGGGUUUUGUGAACUACGACAGUGCUGUGAAAAAUCUUCAGGCAACAUUGCAGCAUCGUGGCUAAUGACUUGCUGAGGGCAAAAGUUUUCACCAUGUUAUACAUGGUAUAUCAUGUGAUUAAUGUAGAUAAAACACAUAUUUAUUCAGACUCCAGUAAGACUUGCAGUGUGUGUUGCCUUUGUUUGUGGAGUCAAGUUGAUAGAUGCUGCGUUUUGAAAUUCAUUCAUUGUAAACAUGUACCUCUGUAAUGUCUUUGGAUUUGGUGAAACACAGUUGUGCUAAUGUAUUCUUCGGUAACA